CUAACGCGGGAACACACCUUUAUCUCCGCGUUGAUCAGAUUAUUGUAUAAUGUUAUUUCCGUCUGAUUAAGAACCCGCUCACGUGCCGGGCGCUCAUUUAACAUUUGCUCCUCCUGUGUGGCAGGGUCCUAUAGUUUCGCCUGACUUGGAGCUCUCCUCUCACACUCUGUAAUGUUGUAUCUGUUUUACCUCUCACCAAUCUCAAAGUCACAAGUUCCUGCCAUCCGCGUUAACAGCGCGCCUGUUUGUGUGCAUGCAGGGGAGCAGUGCUUCAGGCGGAGGCAUGCAUGCUUAUUGCCAGUGAGCAGUGAAGAUCUACCCCUAUAACGCCCACUCUUCAGCGUGCUCCAAGACGAACAGACGCUUCGUGCGUAUUUGUCUUCUAACUCAUCUAUCAGGAUGAUAUUGCGAGGGGCUUCCUUAACGAGGAUUUACACCACUGACGGAUUGGAUUGUCCUGUAUUUGAGCAGCAUACGGAUAUGUAUUUUUUAUCGCAAGAUGAAAUGAAAAGCCACGGAAAGUAGAUAUAUGUUUCUCCGCACCUUGGAAGAAGGGUCGAGCACAAGAAUGGGAACUAUUUAUGCGCGAAGGCAAAAGUAGAGGCAAAUUGCAUUGCGCUGCAUAAAGAAAAUGAAAGCGUGCUUUUCGGUUCACAUUGCGAAGAACAUUAUGGUACUGUGCAACCGCACCGAACAUGUCUGAUCUUUUAACCCAGUUUUAAUUAGUGCAAUCCGACCUCAUCCUCGUCAAACGACCACCGGCUUUCACUUUUCACCGGAGGAUAAGGUGCAUCGCUGUGGAAAGGUGGAUGGAGCUCCGAAAUCUCCAGCGCUGUCUGUCGUGGCUCUGAGCGCCAGAUAUUCUCAUGUUCCUGGGCCAAUGCAUCGAGUCUCUGCUCUCUGCCAGCCUGUCCACAUGUAGCAGCCGGCGUCUACAUCUAUCCGCCAGUGGAGUCUUCAUGAACAUCUCCAGCCAUUUUACACUUCUCAGAUAGAGUUCCCCCGAGAGAUGGAGUGGCUGAUCUUCUCCCUGCUGCUGCUGGCUGUGUCUACGGCGGGACAGCUUUGCCCCAAGCGUUGCAUGUGCCAGAACCUGUCACCAUCUCUAACUAUCCUCUGUGCCAAGACCGGCCUGCUUUUCGUGCCAACAGUCAUUGACAGGCGUACAGUAGAGCUGCGUCUCACCGAGAACUUCAUCACAGCGGUGAGGAGAAGGGACUUCGCAAACAUGACAAGUCUCCUGCACCUGACACUGUCCCGCAAUACCAUUAGCCAAAUUAUGCCUUACACUUUUGCCGAUCUUAAGCGGCUGCGUGCAUUGCAUCUAGACAGUAACCGUUUAAGCGUCAUCACGGACGACCACUUCCGGGGACUCACCAACCUUCGGCAUCUUAUCCUUGCCAACAAUCAACUGCACAACAUCUCUCCACAUGCAUUUGAUGACUUUCUGGGGACUCUUGAGGACCUGGAUCUCUCAUACAAUAACCUGGUGGAAAUACCAUGGGAGACUAUAGGACGCCUCACCAAUGUGAACACUCUUAACAUGGACCAUAACCUCAUAGAGAACGUGCCUCUAGGGGUCUUUUCAAACCUACACAAACUAGCCCGUUUGGAUAUGACUUCCAAUAAGCUAAAGAAAAUCCCCCCUGACCCCUUGUUCCUUAGGAUUCCAGUUUAUGCCAAGUCAAAAGGGUCACCCCUUUCCUCCCUCGUCUUAAGUUUUGGAGGGAACCCACUGCAUUGUAACUGUGAGCUACUCUGGCUAAGGAGGCUAACGAGAGAGGAUGACCUGGAAACUUGUGCAUCACCUCCUGACCUUACAGCAAAGUACUUCUGGACCAUCCCAGAGGAGGAGUUCAUAUGUGAUCCACCUGUUAUUACAAGGAAAUCUCCCAAAACCUUCACCAUGGAAGGCCAGCCCACUAGUCUGAAAUGCAAAGCCAAUGGAGACCCAGACCCAGAUGUUCACUGGAUCUCCCCAGAGGGCCGUCUAGCUGCCAACACCUCCCGCACUUUAAGCUUUAGCAAUGGAAGCUUGGAGAUCAACAUCACUUCACUGAAGGAUACAGGAGUCUUUACCUGCAUUGCAUCAAACGCCGCUGGGGAGUCUACAGGCACGGUGGAGUUGGUGGUAAACCCACUGCCGCACCUAGCUAACAGCACUAACCGAAUCAGAGAACCUGAUCCAGGACCAUCUGAUAUUCUAACCUCUGCCAAGUCGACUUCAUCCGUAAGCAAUGAGACCAGGUCUCAGGAGAGGAAGGUGGUACUUGCUGAGCUUACGGCAAAUUCUGCACUCAUCAGAUGGCCUUCGCAACAACAUUUCCCUGGUAUCAGGAUGUAUCAGAUUCAGUAUAACAGCUCGGCAGAUGAAACUUUGGUCUACAGGUAAGAUGCCUCAUUGUUUUGUGAGAUUGAAAAUCUAAUCACAUGUAUAGUUGGUCAUUUGGUUGUGCUAAUGCUGCAAUGUUUAUUUUUUAUGGUGCAAUUGCAUAUCCAAUAAGGUAUUCAGCCUUCUGUUUUAUUAUUGUGAUGAUAUGUUGUUUUUGUUGUUGGGUACCAAUCUUUAUUGAUUUUAUUGCUGGGACUUACUCUAAAUAUUUCUUCUGUUUACUGUCAUUUAUUUUCUGUGUUUAAUGCAACAAUCAAUGGUCUUCAUCUCCAUGGACCAGCCUUAUGCUGCAGGUUUCAGAAUGCCAAAAAUAAAAUAAAAAUAAAGGAGUAAUUUCUGCUGUAUUCCACCACAGAAUGCUUUUGUCAUGAUAAAAGAGAAAAUAUUUCUUCAUCUAUCA